CGGCGCUAAAUAACGGAUCUUAAGCUCGAUAUUUCAAUUUGCAAGACUUCCUCUGCAGUCCUGGUGCACGGUACCGUUCAAUUUCACUUUUAUACUUGAAGGAUGUGGACGGACAGUGUUCGAGAGUUUAUCAUCAACUAUUCCUGGCUAGCAACACCUAUCAUUGCGGCAAUUGGAUGGUGCCAGACCUGGGUCAUUGCCUCUCUCUUUCUUUCCAUCGGGAAAUCCAACGAGGUCGUUGAAGCCAUCGAACAGUCAAGACUACAGAGUUCCUUCGUGAGAUAUUAUGGUGAAGACAGAGAAGACAGAGAAGACCCAGGCGUGACGGAAACGUCCACUUGUAAUUAUGUUGCAGAACAACGGUAUACAGGUCUAGCGAAGCGCACCGUCAUUGCUGCGUCGCUUGCAGACACCUACACUGCAACUCCAAGAAAGAUUGUCGGCGUGAUGUCGAUGGACCCUGGGCUCAGCACGCAGCUUAUUGAUCUUUAUCACUCCGUCUGCGACGCAGGCUACCUUGCAUACCUGUCUUUCAUCAUUCAGAUUGUCGCUUCUCUCUACGGUAUUGUGACAGUCUCGAUCAUCUGGGCGGAUGAUGCGCAUCUCAGGCAAGAGGUUUAUGGCAUCCAACUGCAGCAGCAACUCGCUGCGCUCACUAUCAACCGUGGGAUGUGGUCCAUCGCAGCGCUUGGCGCGUUCUUCCCAUGGGCCCCUCUUCACGCUGUCUAUCUCACAACGGCCAUUGCUGUUGUAUUAGAGUUUCUCUUCGCUGCCAGGGGAUUCCUCAUUGGUUGGCACAUGAGCCUGCUUCCUGGUGUCAUCCGUUUCUUCGUUGUCUUUGCGUGGCUGCUUCCCAGCGCGGAGGCGCUGACACUAAUACUUGGCCUUAUCGCAAUCAAGAUGGAAGUUUCUUUCAUAUCUGCCAAGGUAAUCAUCUUUGGGCUCCCAGCAUUGUGGUUAAUAAUUGGGCCGUUGCUCAUCAUCGGGGCAUCGUUGGGAUCGCACUUUGGCAUGCUGAAUUGUCUCGUUGACAGUUCUAGUUUGUGUGCCUCAGCUUGAGAGGAUUGGGGUUGCGAUGAGGUGCGAUGGCUGUAUUGUCCUGCUUUGCAUCUUGGUAUGAGUUUUCUAGUCACCUGAGGAUAUGUUUCUCACUCGUGUUGCGCAAGUUUUCUGUCGCGGAGGCCCAUG